UGCGAGGAGGGCGCUCGCUGCUGUGCUCCCGGCCAAAGCGCAGGCUCGGCCUGCCUUAUCCAGUGGGACGGCAAAGGGUCACUCUAAAAAUUGCUGCAGUCGGGUCUUGUCAGGUGGCUGCUGGUGGCUCCCCACUGGAUUUUCCUUCUCCCUCUCUCUGUCUCCACAGAUCCCUUCCCAAGAGGAGUCUCCUGCUAAAACUUCAUCAUCUCCAGUUGACCUGCCACUUCACCCAAGAAGGCAAACUCUUGCCUGUGACAGUGUAUUUGCCAACAUGGCACCCAAAAAGAAGAUUGUCAAAAAGAACAAAGGAGAUAUCAAUGAGAUGACUAUAAUCGUAGAAGAUAGCCCCCUAAACAAACUGAAUGCUUUGAAUGGGCUCCUAGAGGGAGGCAAUGGCCUUAGCUGCAUUUCUUCUGAACUAACAGAUGCUUCUUAUGGCCCCAACCUCUUGGAAGGUUUAAGUAAAAUGCGGCAGGAGAACUUCCUAUGUGACUUAGUCAUUGGUACCAAAACCAAAUCCUUUGAUGUUCAUAAGUCAGUGAUGGCUUCAUGCAGUGAGUAUUUUUACAACAUCCUGAAAAAAGACCCAUCAACUCAGAGGGUGGAUCUCAAUGAUAUCUCACCACUAGGCCUGGCCACUGUCAUUGCUUAUGCCUACACUGGAAAGCUCACUCUCUCCUUGUAUACAAUAGGAAGCAUUAUUUCUGCCGCUGUUUAUCUUCAGAUCCAUACUCUUGUAAAGAUGUGCAGUGAUUUUCUGAUACGGGAGAUGAGCGUUGAGAACUGCAUGUAUGUUGUUAAUAUUGCUGAAACAUACUCCCUAAAAAAUGCAAAAGCAGCAGCCCAGAAAUUUAUUCGGGAUAACUUCCUUGAAUUUGCAGAAUCGGAUCAGUUUAUGAAACUUACAUUUGAACAAAUUAAUGAACUUCUUAUAGAUGAUGACUUACAGUUGCCUUCUGAGAUAGUAGCAUUCCAGAUUGCAAUGAAAUGGUUAGAAUUUGACCAAAAGAGAGUAAAAUACGCUGCAGAUCUUUUGAGCAAUAUUCGCUUUGGUACCAUCUCUGCACAAGACCUGGUCAAUUAUGUUCAAUCCGUCCCAAGAAUGAUGCAAGAUGCUGAUUGUCACAAACUUCUCGUAGAUGCUAUGAACUACCACUUGCUUCCAUAUCAUCAAAACACAUUACAAUCUAGGCGAACAAGAAUCCGAGGCGGCUGCCGAGUCCUCGUCACCGUUGGGGGACGCCCAGGCCUUACUGAGAAGUCCCUUAGCAGAGACAUUUUGUAUAGAGACCCUGAAAAUGGGUGGAGCAAGCUUACAGAAAUGCCAGCCAAAAGUUUUAAUCAGUGUGUGGCUGUGAUGGAUGGAUUUCUUUAUGUAGCCGGUGGUGAAGACCAGAAUGAUGCAAGAAAUCAAGCCAAGCAUGCAGUCAGCAAUUUCUGCAGAUACGAUCCCCGCUUCAACACCUGGAUACACCUGGCCAGCAUGAACCAGAAGCGCACGCACUUCAGCCUGAGCGUGUUCAACGGGCUCCUGUAUGCCGCGGGCGGCCGCAACGCAGAAGGAAGCCUGGCCUCUCUGGAGUGCUACGUGCCCUCCACCAAUCAGUGGCAGCCGAAGACGCCCCUGGAGGUGGCGCGCUGCUGCCACGCCAGCGCGGUCGCAGACGGCCGCGUGCUGGUGACCGGAGGCUACAUCGCCAACGCAUACUCGCGCUCUGUGUGCGCCUAUGACCCGGCCAGCGACUCGUGGCAGGAGCUGCCGAGCCUGAGCACACCCAGGGGCUGGCACUGCGCAGUCACGCUGAGCGACAGAGUGUACGUGAUGGGCGGCAGCCAGCUAGGGCCGCGCGGGGAGCGCGUGGACGUGCUCACCGUGGAAUGCUACAGCCCCGCGACCGGUCAGUGGAGCUACGCGGCGCCGCUGCAGGUGGGAGUGAGCACCGCGGGCGUCUCGGCGUUGCACGGCCGCGCCUACCUGGUCGGGGGCUGGAACGAGGGCGAGAAGAAGUACAAGAAGUGCAUCCAGUGCUUCAGCCCCGAGCUCAACGAGUGGACGGAGGACGACGAGCUACCCGAGGCCACCGUCGGCGUGUCCUGCUGCACCCUCUCGAUGCCCAACAACGUGACUCGGGAAUCCCGGGCCAGUUCGGUAUCUUCUGUGCCAGUCAGUAUCUGAGCCCAGGUAGAUGCAGGGACGCAGAAAGAAUACGUUAUUUAUUCAUAGAGCCACGUGGUUAACCUCUGAGUUCGCGAAAAGGAAAAUAUUUAACAUUUACUACACUGAUUGUAUUGUAAAAUAUGUCGAGGCACAUGUCCUGAUGGCUUUAAAUUCCUGGUACGGCAUAAUCUACCUCUGCCUUUUUUUUUUUUUUUUUUUUUUAAUCAAAAUACAGGGCUAUGGCCAACAAAAGAAACAAUUUAUUUCAGCGGCCACUGGGUGGCAGACGGAAUUCGUUAUAGGCACUGUUCCAAGGCGGCCUGUUUCCUAAAUGUAUAGCGGUUACACCCACAUUUGAGAUUUUUUUCCUCUACACUUUAGUACACUUGAGGUUUAUGUAAGUGAUUUCAUAUUCAAAAGUUUAUUUUCCUCUCUCUCUUUUUUCUUUAGGAAGUUGAAGAUAUUCAUAUAGAUUUUAUUUAAAAAUGGAAAUUGUCGAUCUACGUAAAGACUUAAGAUUUAAUUCUCUAUUUCAACGCAAUUUUUCCCCCAAAUGUGAUUGAGUAAAGGAUUUUGAAAGAUAUCCCAUGACAACGUAAUAAAGCUUAAAACAAGAUCUGACCGAAAAGGAAUAGGGAUUCCACCCAGGGACCGUAAAGUUGAUAACCUUUGCGUUAGCGGACAUUUCUCUUUUUCCAUGCCUCAGGCCCCAGUUUAUUCUCUACCAUAAAAUCCUGCUCUCAAUCAAGGAAUUGAUUUGAGUCAUUUAAUUUAUAGUGUAAAUUUAAGUCAUGUGGUUGUUUCAACUAGAAGGAUUUGCAUUUUAUCCCUUGUCCUCUGUUAAAGAAGAAUUUCACAUACCCUGGGAGCCUUACCCUCGCCGUAAAAGCUACACCAACCUGGUUAAAGGCAACCUUGGCCCUAAUGUACGCCCUGCAAAGAUCACCAAAUAAAACUAUGUCCCUAAGGACCAUUAGCUUGAAGCUUAGAGAGCCUGAAAUUUAUACAACUAAUAAUAAUAAUUUUAUUUGCCCCAAUCUUUUGUAAGACAAGAAUGAAAGAAACAUUUGGAAUUUGCAGAUUUGGUAGUAACUGGAUGAAUGGGUUCUCCUGUUGAUAAAUGCCAUUGUUUCCCAUUUCAUAUGGAUCCUCCUGAUUUCUUAAGUAAAAAUCAAACACUCAUCUCACAUAUAUAAAAAUAUAUGCUCAUUCUGUCCUAUUUUUAUUAAUCUCAUCUGCUCCAAAUUAGCUUUGGAUUUAUAAUCAAAGUAUAUCCACUUGAUAGCAUUUUUCUUAUAUGUUUGCCAAGUUUUGGGGAAGGGAAUGACUGUAGUAAAUGAUACAUAUUUUCCUUUUUUAUAAUUUAUCACUUUAUUCUUUGACAGUUUAUUUGUUUUGGAGAGGAAGUGGCCUAUCAAUUAUGGGUUAUGUGCAAUUGGAUUUUGAAAAAUAAAACAAGCUAUUUAGGAAUUGAACAUGAGUUAUAUGGAAAUAUAAUUUGGUUUUCAUUCAUCUCAUCCUCUCCACUUUGUGUAGAUAGGUUGUUGCUAGAGUUAUGAUAUUUAUUUCUAAAAUAUGUUAUCUGAACUGUGAAAAGUGGUUCAUAUAGUACACUUUGUGGAACAAUUUUAUAUCAUUGCCCCUUAUGAAAAGUUCAAUCUCUGGGUAUUUAAUGAUAACACUCAGGUAAGGGCUACAAAUGCUGUAAAUUAAGAACAAGACAUUAUUAAUGUAAAAGCACUGGGCUGUUUCCUUAUCCCACACAAAGAAUCUUUUACCUUGAUGUAUGUGGAUAUGGUAUAUUGCCUUGGUGUAUGUAUAUGUGUGUAUACGCACACACUCAUACAACUGAGAAGCCUAUAGUAUAUGGUUAAUUUUUAGAGAAAAGGUGUUUUAUUGUGGACUACACAUCAUAAGUGGGCAAAUAGAUGUAAUUCCUUGAUGCACACUAAUAGAUGUGUUCCCAUUGACAUCUUAGAAGUAUGAAAAGGAGGACCUAGGGCUUGAAAUGAAAUGAGAAUCAAUCAGUUGUAACAUUACAUGAUGGAAUAAUGAGAAGAGAUACUGAAACUAGAGGAUUUUUCGUCUAUCAAAGCUUGAUAAAAUAGAUUGUGCAAAAACUUGGCAGUGGCUUUCUAGAGAUGAAACUGGAGACAUGUUAGAGCUGGAUAAAUCAUUUUAAAUUACUAUUUAACUUAUUUUCUGCAUUGUUUAUCUGAAAACUCAGAAAAUCCACAUAUGUGAGCUUACCAGAUUCUUAGGUACGUUGCUGUUCCAUCUUCUGCUUCAACAGUUGGGAAAAUAAAGACCAAUAUGAAUUUGGAAUGUUGGAAUUUCUGACAUACCACACUGGCAAGGAGUAUGGAAUGUAAGGGUUGAUGAAAGUUUCAUAUCCUGGAACAUCUUGCAUUGCCAAUUGAAAGACAUAAAAGUAUGCAGAAUCAAAAUAAUGUGUGUCCCCUUUCAUGUGUAAGCGAAACAUAUUCUUUAAACCACCUAUUGAAGCAGUUGCUGCUAGAAACCUAGUUUCUCCAGAUUUCCCAAGUGGAAAAUAUUUAGUAUGUUUUUAAGCUUACAUUCAAUUACUCUCCAGAAUCUUAGGACCCAACCAUAUACUUCCUUUUAUUUUUUAUUAAAGAAAAUGACUUGUUAUUUUUGUAACGUCUGAGUCCUGUGAUCAAAUAAAAGCAUCAGUUCAAUGUAUCAGAGAAAUUACAUGUUACCCAGCAGCUAAAAUAAUAAAAUUCAAGCUCUCUUUUUCCGAAUGGGCCAGAGACCUGAUGAGAAUGUCUGCAGGAAGCCAAACUUUAAUGUAGUUUGUCCAUUUUUAGUUAGGUUCUUGGUGCCAAAUUGUCAUCCCUGAUGCAUUAGUUGCUUUCAGUGCACUGAAUGAAUUUUACUUUUACUUCGUAUGUUGUAAGAAUGGUUUUGAAUAGAAGGACAGUGAUGGUACAGAUUUGUAUAAUUUUAAAAGAUGAUUAGAUGGUAGUGAAGUGUUUGAGUGAGGAGGUAUAAUUGAUGCCAUAAGAAAGUGAGUACUGAAUGGUUCUAUGAUUUAAGGUAGAGCAGCAGUUGUAGUAAGUGUAUUUUACAAAUACGCAUGUAAAUAGAAGUUUACCUGGAAAUAUGUAUGUUCUGAAAGGUCAACUUUUUAAUUUUAUUUUUUUGAUAGUUAUCCUGACCAAGUGUCUUCAGAACUCAUCCAAGUUACUAGGCGAAAGAAACUAAAAUCACCUCAUUAAUUUUUUUCCGUUAGUUACAACCAAAUGAAUUUAUGUAAUCUCUGAAUGAGCUAGAUCCCUAUUCCAGCCACUGAUGAAUAGGUUCUCCAGCACAAGGCAGCAUUAAAAGGAAUUACUUUUCAGUAUUUCUUUUCAUGCCAAAAAAACUACAGCAUAAUUUUCCAAACAGUGCUCUAUUGGUAAUUAUGAGAAUUAAACACUCUAAAAUAUUAAAGAUUUACCCUCCAGCACAUUCGUUGGGUAAAGACCAUUUAAUUUGCCCUCUCAGGGAAUUUGAAAUAAAUUAUUUGUCUUGGAUAUUCUUUAAAAACUUUUUAUUUAUUCAGCAAAUUUUGGCAAAAAAAAAUUUCAUUUGCUUAAAACAUUCUGGUACUAUGUAAGGAACAACGAACUAAAAUGUAUGCAGUGUUAUUUUGUAAUCUCAUCACUAUCAAUAAAGCUGCAUUCAAUAAGACCUUAGUCAAUGACUAAAUAUGGGCAGUUUUGAAAUAUCCUUUCUCUGAUGAUUGGGGUGUUUGUUUUUUUUCUCUACUUAGUUUUCAUGAUGAUUCACCUAGACAAAACAACAACAAAUGACAAGUAAUUGAAAAAAUGUUUCAACAGCUUGAAGACUAGUGAAAGAAAAAGGUAUAAAACAUCAAUAGAGACUUGCUUUGUAACUCAGAGAAAAGCCCAACUCUGGUCUAGUUCAGCCCUGACUAUUUAGAAGUCAUAGGUUAAGUGUGGUUUGUCUUCCCAUUUCCACCCUGACCACAGCCAGCUUGUCACAGGUGCAUCAUCAUUUGCAACAAAACGUUUUAGGAAAUAAAAUCCCAUUGUUGUGUAGACAAGCCCUUACAGCCUUUCUCUUCUACCUUACCCCUCCAAAUGAGCAAGUAAAAUGUAAUCAACAUAAGAUGCUCAACCUUUGAUCUAAUUUAGUACUUAAAUAAUAACAUUCAGUUGAGGCCAUCAAAUCUAGGAAAUUCUAAAUGGCAGCAGUGUUUUUCUUAAAAUUCUCCAAGCCCGGUAAUCAUAUAAAUAGACUAGCCUCAAACACAAAACAAAUGGUGCCACAUUCCAAAUUUUGAGCAUACCAGCCAGAUGCCUCAGAGUUUCUUUGCGUUUUUUUUAAACUCCCACAUUACUCCAAGCUUCCCUACAGAUUUGUACGGCCUCCCACAACAAUCUUGGGGAUGUCUCCACUCUCAGUUACAGUGGGAAACUAAGCAGGAUCUUUUUUUUGCUAGGCCAGGUAUAGACAAGAUCUGUGCCCUUUCCAGGCUUCAGCACUGUGCUGAAUUCUAUCUAUAUCUCUUUGGCCAGAACAGCCAUCCGGCCUACUUAGAUGAAAGGGAGCUAUGAAAAAGGUCUUCAUGUCCAGGAGGAAAAGUAAAGUUUUCAUAUAGCAUUGUCUCUGCACAAUGAAUGGCUAGUCAUCUUCAUACCUGGUUAUCAAAGGAGCAAGGAGCUUCCCAGUCACACUGCUUCCCCUCAGCCACACUGCUCUGGCUCUGAACACACCAUAACAACGCUCUCCUCUCCCUUUCCUGGGUGACAAGACAUGUACUCAGCUCCCUUAUUAUACCUUGCCUUUUUCCUUCUGAAGAACAAGCCCAGACAACUCUUGCAGAAACUUUUCUCAAUUCAGUGCCUUUACAGGUCAAGAGCAUGUAUUAAAUGUAUUCUGCCAGCCUUGAGUGUUUGCACAAAUCUGGUUCCCAACAGCCAUCAAAUCAACCCCUUCCUCCCUGGGUCUCCUUGUUCUUCUGUUUCUGGAAUCGUCUUAAUUCUUCUUGAUCUAACCUCUUCUAAAAGAAUGUUGAGUGAAAAUUAUACAUCUGUGACUUAAUUCCUGCCACUCUAGCCAUACUAGCAGGUUCCCAACACAUGACAAUUUGGGGAGAAGAGAACACAUGUAGAGUCUAAAAGAGGACCUACACGCAUCUGUUCUUAAUCCCCAUUAACAGAAGAGGAUUCCUGAAAGAAAGAGGAGGAAGGAAGCUAAAUGGUGGUAAUCUGUCUCUCAAGUUGUAUUCUGCAAUAUUAAUGAAACGUUUCCAUUUAUUGCAGAGUUCCAAACUGAAAAAUGAUUUAUUUCAUUACAAUUCUGCAUAUGAGUAGCAAAGAAAAUUCUGUAUGCCAAAAGAAUCCUUUGUUGUUUAACAAAUGUUCAUUAGACAUAAUUAUUUCCCAGCCUCAUGCCCCUGAUCAUAUUCUGUCUUUCUCUGCCCUGCUCUGUGCUCCGCCCCUCGGGACUACAUCAUCCAGACUCAAGCUCUUUGGCUGCACAUUUUAUUCAUCUAACGGGAGGUAUCAGAAGGAGGUCAGAGGGCAGAAACAAGUGGUUGGGAUUUUUUUUUCUGCCCUCUUCAGGCUUCAGCACUGUGCUUCUGGCCUAGGCUGUAACUCUCAACAGCUCCAGCCCAAUGGCCUUCCCUCCCUGGUUCAAAUCUCACCGUGCCUACUUGCCAUCAUAGUUUACCACCUCUGGAUAUUUUCCUGUUGAUUUAUGUUCUGCCAUCCCUUUUAGAAUACGAUCCUUAAAUGUGAAAAUUUUGUCUCAUUCACAGAUGUACCUCCAGAGUCUAGAGUCAUGCCUGGUGUAUAGUAGGAGAUCAAUUUUUUGUGUGUGAAGUAAGUAAGUGAAUGAGUGAAUAAAAGAGUAAAGCCAUCAUGACCUA